GGGAGCCCAAUGGCACAGCCUGCCCUUGGCGGCAAGUCCUAGGGGGGAUGUCUGAAACCAAGAGGUGAGAUCAGAAUUGUUAAGGUUGGAGAGACCAAUGAGAUCAUGGCAGCAGUGGGCACGCUGAGGCUGAUUCGGCACUCUGGGGACAAGCGAGGUGACCCUAUGUUGGUGUGGAGGCUCCUGGGUGGCCACGAGCACUGCCAUUGGGGUGCAGCCAUGCUGGUGCUGAGGGCUGGCUGUGCCACUCCUAUGCUCUGAUGCUCGGUGUCAUUUCCACCUUGUGUUGUUUUGAUCUUAUCUUUUGGUGACUCCUGCAUAGGGACCUCUUUGUAUUUUCAGUUUACCGAAGGCUCACUGCUGUGCUGUACUUGUUUCAGUAACGUAUGACGGCUUCCCAGAUCCGUGCGAGCUGGCUUGUAGCUCCCGACCACCACGCGCUUUUCCUCACUGUAACUUUAAUUUACCUCAAUAAAAGCUCAUUCGUAGCGUGCGCCUCUCUCGCUCAUUCGGCAGCGGAACGGAACGGCGCGGCGCCGGGGGCGGGCGGAGCGCUGCUGCGGGCGGAGCGGGAGCGGCGGCGGCGCCAUGGCGGGGCCUCUGGCGCAGGGCUGGGGGUUGGGGGUCGCGCUGCGGAGCCGCGCCGCGCUGCGCCCGCUCGGGCUGCUGGCCCCGCCGUGCCGGGGGGCGACGGCCCCGCAGUGCCGGAGGGCGACGGGGCCGGGGGAGGAGGUGCUGGAGGAGAACCCCUUCUACGGGAAAUACCGCCAUAAGAUCCAGGAGCUGCGCAGGUCCAGUCCGGAUGUGUUUGAAUCCCGGAUGGAAAAAAGAAAUGAAGUGAAAAAGCAGCCCGUGGGGUUUUCCAAGCAGUCAGAGUUUGUGAGGUGCAUGGAAGAAAAGGCAGAAGGCCUGAGCACAAAGACGUCAAAGGGAGGAUUCACGCGGGAUAAGACGCUCGAUUCAAUUCUUAACGUUGAAAUGGUGAAAGAGAAAUCAGCAGAGGAAAUAGAGCAGAUCUGGAAUCGGUACUUCUCUGCAAAAGAUACGGUUUAUGCAGUUAUUCCUGCAGAGAAGUUUGAUUUAAUAUGGAAGAGAGCCCAGAAGUGUCCAUCGUUUCUAUAUGCUUUGCCAAGAAAAGAAGGCUAUGAGUUCUUUGUGGGGCAGUGGUCAGGAACAGAGCUGCACUUUACUUCUCUAAUAAACAUUCAGACCCAAGGUGAAGCUGCUCCUAGCCAGUUGGUCUUGUACCAUUAUCCCGAGCUGCAGGAGGAGAAAGGAAUAGUAUUAAUGACUGCAGAAAUGGACUCCAAGUUCUUGGUGGUCCACGAAGCACAGUGCUUGGCAAAUCAGGUGCAGCUCUUCUAUGCAACGGAGCGUUCUGAGACCUAUGAAUUAGUGGAGACCUUCAACCACAGAUCCAGUGAAUUUAAAUACAUGUCAGUUAUAGCAGAGCUUGAGCACAGCGGCCUUGGAAAGGCACUGAGACCUAAUCAGGUUUCUGACAAGUCAUAGAGCCUGAGCUGCGAGUGAAGGAGCCAGCAGCAGGCAAGGGGGGGGUUCUCAUCUGGGAUGCUUCCCAUCUCUUGUUUUGUGAAUUUGAGUUGGCUACAAAAGGGAUCUGGAAACAUGCUGGGACUGUGGCCAUCAAGCGGGGCUGGCACUGAUGCAAGAUGAGGACCUGGGUCAUUUGGGCAGUGGGAACUAAUUGCUGGACUGAAGCACUGCACUUCGGAGUGGCUUUGUCAGAAUGAGCUAUUCUCUCAUCUCUGACUUGUGCUGCAUGCUGUAUUUUAUUUUGAAAUCCGAAAUGUCAAAAGGGCAGCUAUGUAAUGAAGUGUGUAGACAUCAAGAGAGAGUGCAAACAAUGUUUCUUCUCUGUAAAUGCAUUUAAAAUGCCCUCUGCCAUUAUAAUUGCAUGGUCUAUCGCUUUUAAUUUGUGAGGAAUUUAUAUGGACUUGUCUAUCAAGAAAAAAGAAUAGGUCCGAUGGUCUAAAACAGACUCCUCAUUGUUACUUUGUGUGUGAGGUUCCUGGUGCAGAUGUGUACUGAGGCCCAUGCCUUUUUCAGGACUGAAGGACUUGGAUUUGUUCUGGGAGUGUUUUGCUUCUCAAUUGUUAUAUUCAUUUCAUCUUGUUGGGUUUCUUAGAGGUUUUGCUUGAGGAAUAGAAAAACGUGUUUUCAUUUCUGCAUAUUUUUGAGUAGUGAAGAGGAGUUGCUGCAUGCUUUUUGGAGGCCGGCAUCUACUCAGCCAACACUACAAAUGGUAUUUAAAGAGACAAAAAAUAGCUCCUGCCCCCAUGUCAGGAAAGGAGCCAUCUAUGAAAAAAGCAAGAUGAAAUGGCGUAACAGAGAGCUGUCACCCAGUUGCUAAAUGACAACUCUUGGAAAAAAAUGCAUUGGUGUGAAUAUGCACAGCUGCUUUAACAUAGUAUUGCUUGCAGGAACCUGGCUUCGUGGACUGCAGCAGGGUAAGUCUUUUUAAACCUGCUUUCAACAGAAGGAUCCCAAAGCAUCUGUGCUUUGAGCUCCUCUUGCCUUCGUUCCCAGCAGAGGCAGGCAGUGCAUCCUCCUUUGCCAAAGAAGCAGAGGCACAAGGAUAAACCACUUGUCUGUCUGUCAGAGGAGGAACAACUUUUGGGGCUGUCCUUAACUGUGACCCAAUACAGGUUUGAUGAGUUAGAUGAGUUACACAAUGUAUUUGCUAGUGUAGCUAUAGAGCCCUGUCACGCCACGUGUUGUCAGCCCAUUCUUUGGAUGUGAGCAAUGCUCAGCUGAAUGCUGAAGAUAGUGAGAUUUCACCAUUGAGGUCUGUUCUGGCACUGACCCGUACGUGUUGAUGUGAACUGUUGUCCAUUCAGGGAAAUAAAAGAUGCUUCUAGAAGAGGUAGAGCUUCUCCCAGGGCUGUGCCGUGAGUAGGUGGUGCUGCUCCCUAUUGCCCUCUUUUUGUUUCUGCUCGGGUUGGAUCUGUGAGUAUCUGCAUAGCACGGGAGGCGUGGAUAGGACUGUUAUGACCUGAACAGCACAUCACCUUUACUGAAGAGCAUUUCUACUUCUGUUUUACAGCAUUUGUGCUCCAUUUAUCAUUUUCUCCUAGCUGAAAUAAGGGCAAUUUUGAUUCAUUAUUCACUUCCUGCUUUGAAGAAGUCAGAGUUGCUGGAUUCAUUUUUAAUAUAGGUAUAAUAUAACGUCCCUGAAUGAGUAAUUGGCAACGGGAGUGAAAUUCUAGGGUUUCAGAUCUACACUUAAGCUGCCUGUGAGCUCAAAAGACCAAAGCCUCUAGAACAAGGCUGGAAGCAGUCACUACCUUUAAUUUGAGUGGUUUUUUUUUUCAAGUUAUUAGUCACAAGCUCAGUACUUCUCUGAGGAUUUAAGACAAUCAUGGCAAAAUACAGAAGGGGAAGCAUUGCGUGUACUGGGAGUGUUAUUAAAUACUACCUGAAAAGGCAAA